UCUAAACACUCGUAAAACACGGCGAUUCGUUUUCCAGGCUCGAUGACCGUCGAGAGCACCUCGAUUGAGCUUCGAUAGGUUUCUUUUCGAAAACAUUAGCGCCGAGGUAAAUGUGUCGCCAAAACAACGAACUAAGUCGGGAACGGUAGUGUCACGCACCGCGCAUCCGGAUUUUUUCUUGAUUCCAUGUAGCACGAGGGCAACAAAAGUGAAUAAUACUUGUGAAAUCAAGUAACACGUCUGUAGGGACUUGGCCAUCUUGGAAAGAUAUGUUGUAUCGGUCAAAACGUCAACAGUAUAGUGUGUACUGCUCGAUACAUGCCGCCAGCUUGUUUUAACUGCGGUCGACUGCACGCCUAAUCAACGGGAGUGAAGGCGACACGGUGGCGUAUUUGACACGCGGAAGUAAUCGCAGAGGAAGCAGAGCUUCGUGCAAUAAUGAAACGCACUGACGGUUUGGUACAACGACGACGUGUGGUUAACAGUAGUAGCGGCAGCAGUCUUGGCCAGGACGGUUCGAACGAUAUCGGGCACAACGACAAAUCGUCUGGCCAUGGCGCGGACACGGAUGGUUCUACACAAAAGGAUCUUAAUUCGAAUCCAACGAUCGACGACGAUUCCGAUAAAGAGACACGGUUGACACUGAUGGAGGAAGUUUUGUUGCUUGGCCUGAAGGACAAGGAGGGUUACACUUCGUUUUGGAACGAUUGCAUAAGUUCUGGGUUACGCGGUUGUAUCUUGGCGGAGCUUGGAUUUCGUGGUCGAGUGGAAUUAGAAAAGGCCGGUAUGCGUAAGAAGGGAUUGUUGGUGAGGAAAUUGCUGUUGAGGAAUGACGCGCCUACAGGUGAUGUUUUGUUGGACGAGGCACUUAAACAUUUAAAAGAAACCGAUCCGCCGGAGACUGUUCCUAGUUGGAUCGAAUAUCUUAGCGGGGAAACAUGGAACCCGCUUAAGUUAAGAUAUCAACUGAAAAAUGUUAGAGAAAGAUUAGCUAAGAAUCUUGUAGAAAAAGGGGUAUUAACAACGGAGAAACAAAAUUUCUUACUCUUUGAUAUGACAACCCAUCCUCUUACUGAUAACCUUGCCAAAAGUCGUCUUGUAAAAAAGAUUCAGGAAGCUGUGUUAAGUCGUUGGGUUAAUGAUGCAGGCCGCAUGGACAGGCGGACAUUAGCUUUAGUAAUUCUAGCUCAUGCAGCUGAUGUACUAGAAAAUGCAUUUGCACCACUUUCCGAUGAUGAUUAUGAAAUAGCGAUGCGACGAGUACGGACAUUACUAGAUCUCGAUUUCGAAGCAGAAGCUGCUAAACCUAAUGCCAAUCCAGUCCUAUGGGCUGUAUUCGCUGCAUUCACUAAGUAACAGAUCUUUUACAAACUAUAAGUGUAUAAAGUAAACAUUGGGUACUAGAGUAAAUACUUGGGACUAUAAAUUUUUGCAUGAAUUUUAGUUGCAAUUUGAAACGUAAUAUCAACAAUCAUCGUUAAUGAUCAUACGAUUCAGACCAAAUACCUUGAACCCGACUGUAUGAAGCAGAUUUAGAGUAUUAGUCAUUUCCAUUAUUGUUAUUUAAUACAUUUGAUAGCUAAAAUAUGAAUGUUCAUAUUUAAAUAUUACAAAAGUAACAAAAUUUAAAGCGUGAAUGAGUAUGUUGUGCGUGGGGUAGUGCCAUGUCAGUUAAGAAAUGAAAGAUUGCACUGUGCUGAGUUCUGUUUCAUAUCUUCUCAGUAUCUAUCGUGUCUGCACAUGGACUGCGAAUAAGUUUAUAGACACAGUAUUUAUGUGGCGAACAUAUAAUGUCAAACUAAGUGCCACAUUCCUGCUAGCUGUCUGAACGUUGAGGCGAUGAAAGUAAUUCUUUGCACUGUUGUGACAAUGAUGAUGAAUUUUUACUAUUUCUUUAGAUGUCCCCUUUGUACCAAACUGGAUUACGAUAGGUUUACUUCUAAAACUACUUUUUAUGAAAACAUAUUACAUCUUAGCUUCACUAGGUGGCAGUAUAGUACUCAAAUGUUAAGAAUGCAAUUUAUAAACAUCGUUUUCGUUACCCAUUUAAAUCUUUCUUGAUUUACGGUCAAGAUCAAUAACCAAAUAUAUCGUGAGAAUAUUUU